ACCAUGAGGCCUGCGGAUACCAGAAGAUAUGUGGCGUACUGGCGUCUCAGUUCUAAAACCCUACCACUACUACCACUGCCAAAGCUACCCAUCAUAUUCAAAAUCAAACUUGACAAAAACUCCCAUCAUCAAAUCCUCAAAUACCUUAACUUUAAUGACGACCAUCACCGAAUCCGAUGUGGGAAUCCUCUGUUUCAUCUCCAGCCUCCCUGGUUUCCGUGGCGUCCUCAAACAAAGGUAUUCUGAUUUCAUUGUGAAUGAAGUAGAUACAGAGGGAAAUGUUGUUCAUUUGACCUCUUUGGAUGCCCCUCUAGAGGUUGUUGAGGAAGGUGAAACAAAGAUAUCUGAUCAACUUAACAAAAGUUAUGCAUCUGAAAUUGAAAAAUUCAGAUCACUUGCAAGUGACACUGAUGUGGAUCUCUUAGAAGCUCUUCUUAACCAAAUUACUUCAGGGAGUGAAGAAGAUAUCUCUCCCAUUCUUCUGUCUCCAGACUCUGAUAAAUUUCAUCGAACAGCAAUGCAUAAUUUCUUUAAGGAGAAUCUUAGAUUCCUUGUCACUGACACGGUUGACGGACCUGAUUCUUCCUCAAAAUGCAUUCGUGUGAGAUUAAAUUCUGGGAAUAACAACAAGGGCAGAAAUUCCAAGAAAAGGAAAGAGAGAUGUGACAAGCCCUACGAUAGUAGAGGUUCAAGCCACUGGCCAGAGCAUCUUGGCAAGUUCCUUAGGUUCCAUCUUUUCAAGGAGAAUAAAGAUACACAGGAAGCCUUGGGAUUGAUAGGAAAGAUGCUAGGCAUUCAGCCAAGGUCAUUUGGUUUUGCAGGUACAAAAGAUAAGCGGUCAGUUUCAACUCAAAGGGUAACAGUUUUCAAGCAGCAUGCCGGUAGAUUAGCUGCACUUAAUGAAAGGUUGAUUGGUAUUAAAGUGGGAGACUUCUGCUAUGUCAAGGAUGACCUUCUUCUUGGGCAGCUCUUUGGAAACCGAUUCACCAUCAUAUUGAGAGGAAUUGUUGCAGAUUCUGAAGAGACCAUUAAAGCAUCUACAGAGUCCUUGGGAAGGCAUGGCUUCAUCAACUACUUUGGUUUACAACGUUUUGGAACUGGUUCUAUUCCAACUCAUCACAUUGGGGCCACGUUACUACGAGGAGAGUGGAAAGUUGCUGCAAGCACAAUUCUUGAUCCAAGAGAAGGGGAAAGAAAUGUUAUAAGAAAGGCGCGGGAAUAUUAUAAAGAAACCGGUGACAUAGAGGGGACUCUCAGGCAAUUACCUCGUCAUUUAGUUGCAGAAAGGUCUAUGCUGCAGUGUUUGAAGAAAUGUCCUGGGAAUUACUUGCAGGCCUUGAAAGCUAUACCUAGGACUUUGAGAAUGAUGUAUGUACAUAGUUACCAAAGCUAUUUGUGGAACCAUGCAGCAAGUAUGAGAGUGCAAAAAUAUGGAAGCAAUGAAGUUGUAUUGGGAGACUUGGUAUAUGGUAAAGGAGAUGAUGCAGAAAAAGUGAAAGUUGUUCCAUCUGAAUAUGAAGAUAAUAGCUUUGAAGAUGCUUAUGAUUGUAGUCAAUUAGAUGAAAUAUCUGGAAAAGAUCUUCCAGAAGAGAAAAUUAAGCUUGUUAAGGUCAUAACUGCAUCAGAUAUUAGUACCGGAAAUUAUACUAUUGAGAAUGUUGUCCUUCCUAUGCCUGGUUCUAGAAUAAUAUAUCCAAUGAAUGAUAUUGCUGAUGUUUAUCAUGAUAUGGCAAAGAAGGAUGGGAUAAGCUUGACAGAAAGUGUCCAUAAUAUCAAGGAAUUUUCAAUAACCAGUAUGACUGGAAGCUACAGGCGUGUUUUUCAGAAGCCAAUUGAUUUUCAAUGGGAAUCACUCUCGUAUACAGAUGGAAAUAUAGCAUUGUCAGAGACAGAUUUAGACAAAAUUGCCAAAACUAAAUCCGUGAACCAUUUCAAAGAAGAGAAACCAACCAAUGGAACUGAGGGCCAAGAGCCAUUUGAUUAUAUGGAACAAAUAGAGAGCUUUGAGGAUGAUAAAAAGUUUUCAACUGACAAUGAUGAGGUGGAGGGUUCUAGAGAAGCUGAGCCUCCACAAAUUCAUUCUCUGCCUGACUCAAAUUCUCAGGGAACUCAUAAGGCUCUCAAGUUGGCCUUCACACUUCCUGCUUCGUGUUAUGCCACAAUGGCAAUAAGAGAGCUUCUAAAGACAUCAACUUCAGUUGCAUUCCACAAGACACUUAAUGAAUAAGCAUGUUGCAGCUCACAUAGUUUAUGACACUAGGAUCAGGUUGCCAUGUCUUUCAGCAGGUUGCUCAAGAAUUAAGAAUGAGAAAAUAAGGUUUAUUCCCAUAUGCUGGGAUUCAUUUUUGUUUACAUGUAAGGUACAUGUUUCUAUAAUCGAGACAAACCUUCCCCUCUCUGCCGAAUAGCACAUUGUUUGACUUACCAUAGUCAGACAUGCAUUUUUGUUUCCAAGCGGUAAAUUUUCCUUUAGUCACCCACUGAUUCCUUUAGGAUGCGUGAAAUUGUUAUGUUCAUGCAUGUUGUGGUUUUAUGCACUACUGCUUGUAGUCAAAAGGAUAUGUAUCUGCAUCAAUCAGCUCAAUGUUUUGACUUCACAACACUAGCCAUAUGUUUAAAAACCUUGUUAGAUUAGAGUAGGGUGAGUAGUUAAUCCCAAACCUUCUUGCAGGUGAAAAGUUUGAAAGGCAGACAUUGCUCAAAGCUUUGGGAAAUAGCAGUCAUUCAGUUGGCAAAAGAAAAGAGAAUGAUGCAUCUCUAUAACACUCCAAUAUAAUGUAUCUCUAAGUUUUAAUUUGUUUCAUUUUUUUCCUCUUAAGUAAAAAAGGAAAUUACUGUAAUAGACUUUGUUGUCGAAGAAUUCAUUUGAUUCAAUUUUUAAAGCCAAGUUUCGGUGCAAACUAGUUUUCUCUGAGGCAGAAAUACGAUACUUUCUUCUCCCCUUCUAAUCAACUGCUGGCCUUGCCAUUGGCGUCAGUCUCUUGUCAAGGCAAGUUUUGAAGGAUCUCGAGAAAAUUCCACCAACAUGUUCCUUGUGCAAAGAUACUAAGUCAUCCAAUCAUUCAAAAAAAAA